GUGAGGGGUUGUACGUCGGUCGUCUCCGCGUUACGCAUCACACGUGCCUUGACUUUUUAACCGUUAAGUUCAGAGCUUAAUCAAGAUGAAUUUUUCUUGCAGAAGAAGACUCUGUAUUAUUGUUCUUUGCAUCUAUUUAUCAACAGAAGGCGAGUCACGACACACAGACUCAAAAACUAGUCGUCGAGAUGACUCAGAUCUCCCAACUACAGAAGUGAAUGAGGAAAGAUCUUCGGAAAACAGAGACGAAGCGCAGAUCACAGGCACCAGCAAUUAUGUCAACGAUUUAAAAUUGGCACACGAGAGGCCGUCAGAGUCAGGCCGUAGCAUCGGCUACAAGAAUGGAGGUUUUCCGAAAUUUCCAAUGAAUGACGCAACGUAUUCAGCGGCGUCAAGUGCAACGUACGUACGCACCGGGGCCGAAAGGGACUGCGGCCAACGUAGCAUCUUCCAUGACUUGGAGAAAAAAUCUCUUCGUCCUUCCGGUAGAAUAAUCGGGGGGUCCUCGGUGCCGUACGGGGCCUAUCCUUGGAUGGCCAACAUGGAAUUGAAGUACGGUCGUGAGACGCACCACCACUGCGGGGGAGCCAUCAUUGGUCCCCACCACAUCCUCACCGCAGCUCACUGCCUCGUAGGAUUCAAACCCUCAGAGUUCGUCAUCAAAGUCGGGGAUGAUCACCGUUCUUCCAUUGACGAUAACGAACAAACUUUUGAAGUUGAGGGCUGGAUCGUCCAUCCUAAGUUCCAGGAAGGAGGAACGUACGCGAACGACGUGGCAGUGAUCAGGCUCAAGGGCGAGCAGGGCAUCACGAGCAGCGCUGCUGUGUCCGCUGCGUGUCUCCCUACACGCCUCACGCCUUACACGCACGGCACCUGGUGCUACGUCAGCGGCUGGGGGGUUACUAAUGCUGCGGAUUACGAAAACAAACCCGACAGCCUACAGGCUGCCUCAGUCCCUCUCCUGGCAGCUGAGGUGUGUCAGGGCGAGGCUGUGCUCGGCAAGAUGCAGUUCGGGCCGGGGAUGGUGUGCGCAGGCUACCUGCAGGGCACCGUGGACUCGUGUGGCGGCGACUCGGGCGGUCCGCUUGUGUGCGAGGUUAAUGGGAGUUUCAACGUGCUGGGCAUUGUGUCGUGGGGCAGCAGCUGCGCCAAGCCCAACAAGCCCGGAGUCUACACUAAAGUCCAAUAUUACAUCGACUGGAUCAACGAAUCUGUCGAGAACCUUUAAACACAAAAUACUGUCGCGAAAAUGUAAUGUUUUGCUAUGGACAAUCAAAUUGCUUAUGAAAGAUUGUUUUAGAUUCAAACACGCCUAAGCGUGAUGACGCUCGUACUGCCUGCAUGGAAAAAUUGGCGUAUUUGUUUUAAGACGAUCAGUUUUAUUUUUCGACAAUUUUGUCGGCAUCUUAUAUAUGAAGUUUUCAGGUGUUCGAUGACUAAUUCUUGAUGAAGUUUCAUCGGCGUCUAUUCAUUUAAUCACAUUUCACAGCAUAGUACCUGAGUAGAAGUAGAGUUCUUGUAUAAGGUAAAAUUAAUCGUUUAAAUUUCUAUGGAUCUCGUUUAAUUUAAGAUUAUUUUACCUCCCAAUUAAGUAAGAUCUUCGUAAUUUCAUUUUUCUUCAUCAGAGUGCCAUUGUCUUUCAUCCAGUUCACUCCAUACCAGAACAAACGCACUAUGGGUAAUCAAGAUAUAGAAAUUAAAACCCAAUCUUCAAAAAUUACCAACUCCGUAUUUGAUCUUCGUUUCCUCUAGAAGUGUAAUCUAGUCGUUAGUGUAAAUGGAAUUUGCGUAAAAUUGCGCAAAAAAUUUGCAUUGCGUAAAAUUGCAUUUAUUGUAAAAUUGCAUUGCAAAUUUCUCUUAUGUAGCCUCUGUCCUAAAGUUGAGCAUAUAUCAAACGCAUGUGGACUGUUGUUCAUAUUUUUGCAUUAUAUGAUUCUAAUUUGCACAUCAUAAUUUUGUAUAAUAUAAGGCAAUCAUGUAUUUUUU